AUGGCUGACAGAUUAGUUACUUUGCAGAUAGAUGAUGCAGAGGCUUUGAAUAAUGUCUUGCUCAUUGGAAUGACCAACAGAAAGGAUUUACUUGAUGAAGCCCUAUUGAGACUAGGACGGUUGGAGGUUCAAGUUGAGAUAAGCCUGCCUGAUGAGAAUGGUCGUCUACAAAUUCUUCAAAUUCAUACAAAUAAAAUGAAGGAAAAUUCCUUUCUUGCUCCUGAUGUGAACCUUGCAGAACUUGGUACGUGCAUUGGUGAUAAUUUGGGUUCAUCAUCAGCUCUACCAACUACAACAAGGGACACCAUUUUGUUGGUUCAUGGAUCGUCAUUGGAUAGGGACAUCACUAGCUCUGAAUUUAAGGACAGAGCAUUAAAGAAUACUACCAAUCGAUCAAAGAGGAAAUGGGAGUCGAAAAAUGGUUCAGUCUCCACACCACGACAUCACAUUCGACGUGUAAUGGUGUUAACUUCUCCUACUGGUCAAAUUGAGACAUGGCGUCUAAAGCAUUAUGAUGCUGAGAAAGGAUGGACUGAUAAAAUGAUGGAGUUAAGGGGUCAACAUCCUCCAGAAGAACUGUCUGAUAAAGAGAUUAUGGAGCGUGUACUUGGACGUGAUUCGGUAUACUUGCGAGGGUGGGGGCGGUCUCUUAGUGUCACAACUUCUACUUCACAUCGUGAAAAUAUUGUGGGUAAUCAACCAACUUAUGAAGAGUUAGUUGAACGACUUAAUGAUACAACUUCCCGCCUUAAUGCUACUAACGAACAACUUAGUGUGGUUGUAGAUAUACUUCAUCAUAACAAUUUGAUGGCACCGCCUCCACCACCUCCAACAGACCAGGCUUCAGAUGCAAAUUUAAGAGAGUCGCCAUCUUUUUCAGUUUGGGAGUCACAAGAUGAUUCUUAG